AUGAGCGCCAAGGAAAUAUGUCUAAUUUUGUCCGUCUUUUUAUUUUAUUCAGCCAUGAAAACCAAUUCACUAUUUGAAUUUACGAACAUAAACUGUACUUCUAUUGACAUCAAGGUGGGAGAAUAUGAGUACUGCUAUUUAAAGUCGAUUAAUCGAUCUUACAAAUAUGUUUCCGGGAAAUAUAAGCUGCAUCAAACUUCUUUAACGCACAUUAAGCUUACUUUUAUGAUGUGGAAACGACUCAAUGGAUACAAGCCUUUUCUCUUCAACGUUACAGUAGAUGCAUGCAAAUUUCUCAAAAAUCCAAAAUCAAGCCCGGUAAUAAAAUACAUUUAUGAAUCAUUUACCACAUAUUCUAAUAUGAACCACUCAUGUCCCUUUUCGGGCGAUGUAAUUAUAGACAAGCUGCCCGUUGGUUUUUUGAAUCACCGAGCGACUGAAAUUCUUCCCAUCCCUGAGGGCAGUUACCUGAUAGAGUUUCAUUUUUCUAGUCUUAAUUCUAGUUUUGCAAGGACACAAGUCUUUUUUAAUAUUUCAUAA